GGACUGAUUACCAUAUCUACUAGAAUAAGCACCGACAUUUUAUAUUGAGAGUACUAUUAUACUUCAUCUGAUAGAUUUCACACGUAUCGCCAUGGCAAUGACGGAUCUAAAGUAUCUGUCAGGAUUCGGCUCGGAGUUUGCGAGUGAGGAUCCUCGCAGACCAGGCGCACUGCCCAUCGGUCGUAACAGUCCGCAAAAGUGUCCUUAUGGACUUUACGCUGAGCAGCUAUCUGGGAGCGCCUUUACAGCUCCAAGGAAUGACAACAAGCGAUCGUGGCUUUACAGAAUCCGUCCAUCAGUUGUCCACAAGCCAUUUAAACGUACCAAUGUUGCCAAAUACUUGACUCACAACUGGGAUGAAGCUGAACCUGAUCCAAACCAAUCCCGUUGGAUGCCAUUCGACAUUCCUGCUGGCGAUGCUGUGGACUUUGUAUCAGGUCUCCACACGGUGUGCGGGGCUGGUGAUCCUCGCGCGCGGAACGGCAUCGCCAUCCACGUUUACCUGUGCAAUACAUCUAUGGACAAGAGUGCCUUCUACAGCAGUGAUGGCGAUCUACUUAUUGUUCCACAGCUAGGUGCCCUCAGGAUUACGACAGAGUUUGGAAUAAUGCAGGUUGCACCAAAUGAGAUUGCUGUUAUACAAGUCGGCAUGAGGUUUGCUGUUGCAAUCGAUGGCCCCACUAGGGGCUAUAUUCUGGAAGUAUUCGAUGGACACUUUAAGUUGCCGGACCUGGGACCGAUUGGAGCCAACGGUCUCGCCAAUCCACGCGACUUCCUCACGCCUGUUGCUCAUUAUGACGACGUGGAUAUACCAGGCUUCAAAAUAAUCAGUAAAUUCCACGGAGUGUUGUUUGAAGCCGAGCAGAAUCAUUCGCCGUUCGACGUGGUGGCUUGGCACGGGAACUAUGUGCCUUACAAAUAUGAUCUGACCAAGUUUAUGGUCAUCAACUCUGUGUCAUUCGACCAUUGUGAUCCGUCUAUAUUCACCGUGCUGACGUGUCCUUCCACGAAGCCCGGUGUUGCUAUUGCUGACUUCGUGAUAUUCCCACCGAGGUGGUCAGUUCAAGAAGAUACAUUCAGACCACCUUACUAUCACAGAAACUGCAUGAGUGAGUUCAUGGGUCUCAUACUGGGAUCGUACGAGGCGAAGGAAGGUGGGUUCCUGCCCGGAGGCGCGUCUCUUCACUCCAUGAUGACCCCACACGGCCCAGACACCCAGUGCUUCCAAGCUGCUUCUAACGCCGAGCUGGUACCUCAAAAAAUUGCUGUAGGAACGCAGGCGUUUAUGUUCGAGUCGUCUCUAAGCAUGGCUAUCACAAAAUGGGGCGCUGAAACAUGCCAAAAGUUGGACGCGAAAUAUUAUCAAUGUUGGCAAGACUUGCCAAAACUUUUCUCGAAUAAGCUAAACGUUUAACUAUUUAUUUGUAUUUGUUUAAUAAAAAGUUUUCAUUAUAA